AUGGAAGCUAGAGUGUCAAAACACCUUAGUCAGCCACCCGCACAACAUGUCAUCAAAGUUGGCACGAACGACAAAAUGCAUUUCAAGACACCCAAAGGUAAUCGUGCUUGCGCAAUUUUGCAGAAAUGUGAUUGUCUUGCACAAACUUGUCUGAGUAUUGUGAGCAUGUGGCUUGUAAAUUUGUCGCUCUUGGAGACAAUAAUUAAUGCAAAUAAAGGAUUUGUGAAAGCGUGUUUGGUUUCUUAUAAACAACAUGGGAAUGAAAGUUGA